CUUUUUCUCGGCGUAUUCCUUUUGGGGCCUGUGCAUCGGACCGCACGGGAGCCCAGCAGGCGGUGAGGAUGAGUGAGCGAGCAAGCGUGCCGUACAGGAUUCCUUUUGUAUUUGGCCUGACGAGGAAGAAGAUCCAGGUUCUAACGACCAGUCCCUUACGCGCUGAAAGCAAAUCGGAUGAUUUGGGACUGGUAGAAGAUCGUUAAGACGUGAAGACGAAAUUUAAUUUUCUGGAUUGCGUCUCGCUGCAGAACAGAAGGAUUCAGGAGGAUUCAGAUCUGGAUUCGCAGAGGUGAUUUGGAUUCGGACCAGCUGAAGGUCGGACGAGGCGAGGAGAGGCUCGGAGGAGGCGAGUGGGGCAGACACUCACUCAUUUCAUUUGCAUCCAGUGAUUCUUUCGCGGUUGUGUCCUGCCGCCUCUUCCUCGGUCGGGGUCUUGUUGUUCUUGAGGUUGUGUCCGGAUCCUGAAGAAGGACGAGAAGAUGGCCAAGGAUUACGUGCAUCAGCUCUUUGCCUAUAUGAUGAAGGCGGGGCUGACCGAUGACGCUGAUCACUUGCAUGUUGUGGCAAUAUCCUUGUUCGUGACACUCUUAUGUGCUUGCAUCGUCUUGGGUCAUCUCUUAGAGGAAAAUCGGUGGAUGAAUGAGUCAAUUACCGCUCUUAUUCUCGGCCUCUGUUCGGGGUUUAUUGUUCUGGUCACCAGCAAAGGGGCGAGCUCGCAAGUUCUGCAGUUCAACGAGGAGCUCUUCUUCAUCUACCUUCUACCCCCCAUCAUCUUCAAUGCUGGUUUUCAAGUGAAGAAAAAGCAGUUUUUUCGAAACUUCGUGGCCAUUAUGCUGUUUGGAGUGGUGGGAGUUUUCAUUUCCUUCGUGAUCAUAUCUGCCGGGUGCAGAUACGUCUUCCCGAAGUUAGGUCUGGGCGGAUUACAGAUUAGCGACUACUUGGCGAUUGGGACAAUAUUUUCUGCCACGGACUCGGUCUGUGUUUUGCAGGUUCUGAACCAGGAUUCCACUCCUCUACUGUACAGUCUGGUUUUUGGUGAAGGGGUCGUGAAUGAUGCGACGUCGGUUGUGUUGUUUCGGGCCGUUCAGAAAUUCAACUUCGAUGAUUUUACAGGCCUGGAGGCGUUGCUCAUUAUGGGCAACUUCAUCUACCUGUUUCUGACCAGUACUCUUCUAGGAGUCAUGACAGGACUUCUGAGUGCGUAUAUAAUAAAGACCCUGUACUUUGGACGGCACUCUACCGAUCGGGAAAUUGCGAUCAUGGCUCUCAUGGCAUAUCUUUCAUACAUACUGGCGGAGCUCUUCCAAUUGAGCGGGAUCCUCACUGUUUUCUUCUGCGGCAUUGUAAUGUCACAUUACACAUGGCACAACGUGACGGACAGAUCAAGGGUCACAACCAAGCACGCUUUUGCUUCGAUGUCGUUCAUAGCAGAGACCUUCAUUUUUUUGUACGUCGGGAUGGACGCCUUAGAUAUGGAUAAGUGGAAAACAACCACGACCAGCGGGCCAGAGUCCCUGGGUGUUUUCGCGACUUUGCUGGUGCUGGUGCUGGUUGGCCGAGCUGCAUUCGUGUUCCCUCUGUCUGCUCUAUCAAAUUACAUCCACAAAAGUCCUACUACGAACAUCAGCAUCCGACAGCAGGUCAUCAUCUGGUGGGCUGGUUUGAUGCGAGGAGCGGUAUCCAUUGCUCUGGCUUUUAAUCAGUUCACUGUUUCUGGUGAUACCAAGAACCCCGAUCAUGCCACUGCGAUUACGAGCACCAUUGGUGUUGUGCUAUUCAGUACAGUUGUGUUUGGAAUGAUGACCAAGCCCUUGAUCGAAUGGCUCAUCCCCCAUCGCGCCCACGAUGGGAGCGACACUUCAGAGCCUACGUCCCCGAAGGACUCUGAUUUGCAUACACCACUGCUCCAGGACAGGGAUCCGGGUUACGAAGGAGUUCAUUUCACAGUUCCAAGGAGGAGUUCCUUCAGUAUGCUUUUGAGAGCUCCAACCUCCACCAUCCACAAUCUCUGGCGUAAGUUUGACAACUCAUAUAUGCGUCCCGUCUUUGGAGGAAGAGGUGUUACACACGCAGAGCCGAACGAUGGUAUUAUUAUCUAAUACUAUAUCAGUCGUCGUGAAUUUGAGUCUGACCUGACCUCCAGUGUCUGAAGGGCAUCCGCCUUGGACAUGAGAUCCCCUGUCAUAGGUUCUCAAUAAGUGCCAGUACUGAGCACGUGUAUUUAGGGUCAGUUUCCAUGGAAGAUCAAGGUAUCAAAGCGCACCUAGUGUAACAGUGAGGUCGACCUGUGCGAGUUUGACACUGAACCAUUGUCCUGCGAGGAUGUGUCGGUCAUCCGAGGAGGAGAGUGAGUUUUACUCGGAUUCCGGCUGAACUCCAUGCCUGCAGCUUACACUGCCGUAUAGAUUGUGAGAAGGUUAUGCAGCAUUCUGCUCAACUUCAGAAGCCACCAAGUUUCUCAGUUCAGUUACGUCAUCUCGUUCAUGUGUUGAGUUGGCCCUUUACUGCGUCCGAGUUCGCUCUGUAGAUAUGAGAGGCCAUAGUCUCUACUCCAGUCGUUACAAAACUGUUACAUCCAGAAGUAAAGGUUACAAAAUCGGAGAUCAGAAGGUCGGUGGGCCGAUCAAAUUGCGAGCCACCAUUUGUGUAAUUUUUCGAUGUGGAGACAUUGGCGUCGUUGAAUCUGUAUAUCCAGCGCGGAGACGGGAGACUAUGUUCUGGGCAAGGGCAUAAGGAAUCUUCGAAGAAGCUUCAUUCAGCUCAGACACCAUGCAAGCGAAUCGCAACUUUGUGGAUGUAACAGUUUUGUAACCUCUGAAGUGCUCAGGAUGUUCAACACGCCAACUACCGGCGCGUCGACUCUAUGAGGCUCUAUGGGCGCUGAAGGUCCAAAAUCUUGACUUUCCUGAGGCCCCGUUAGCGCUUGCGGCGCAUGUAGCUGCGUUUGGCGUUCCGGAAUUCUCUAUGUCUACCAGAGUGCUUUGAUCUGUAGAAUUCCGAGUUUUCGUACAAGUAAGCUCCUACGGGGCUUAUUUCCGGUGCUUCAAGUAGUCGAAGCUCGUCCUGUUCUCGAGUGGAAGAGCUUCUGUCCGACAACCCCCUUCAGUGCCAGAGUAUGAGCUCCUUAGUCUUGCAUCCUUAGUCAAGCCCAUUGGCGCUCACUUCUUCAUUCCUCCUAGUGUCAACACUUACAAAUUCUUUAGGCCUGUUGAGUGUGGUUUUAGAGCUGAGUCUAUCAAGCCCUAGCGCUUGUUUUUUGAGUGAUCCCAGUUGAUGAUGAAGCCCGUUUGGUGCUAAACUUGCAGUGAUGUAGAUUAGGUCAUCUCCUGCAACGUGAUGAAGCUCUUUUGGGUGCUAGGAUUGAGUUUUAGCCUAUAGAAAGAGUCUGUGGAUAAUUCCGAAGUUCCAAUUUGACCAAAUCGCAUUUUUCCCGCAGUCUUCGUAUUGAACGGAUUGAACAAUUUUGAUUGAGUAUGAUUGAGAGUGAGCAUGUUUUGAAUGCAUUGCCAUCUGAUCCCAGGACCGCCAGAUGUGACACCUUGUUCAGUGAUCUCUGACUUCCAUUCAUUAGACAGGGACGCUCGUUUACUUUUAUCGUCUGGAAGAGCGCAGCCAUCUCGGGCCCCUGAGACGAUUUCGCUGAUUGUUUGAGUCGAAUGUAGAAGCGCUUUCCUGCUCGGGAGAGCAGUUUCGGACUUGUUGACAAUCAUUCCGUAAUUGAGAAGAACGGUUGUUUUCAAGCGGCUU